CCUCUUCAGACUCCACCGCCGCGCGAUUACGUGCUCCUGUCGCUCUUCAACACCAUCUUCCUGAACACCUUCUGUUGUGGCUUCGUGGCCCUCAUUUACUCCAUCAAGGCCAGGGACUGCAAAGUGGUGCACGACCUCGAAGGGGCCACCCGCUACGGCAAGACCGCCAAGAUCCUCAACAUCGCGGGCAUCGUCCUCGGCAUCAUCGUCUUCAUCGUCGUCAUUGCCCUGUCCGUCACCGUGGCAACGGACAUCCUCAAGAAAUGGCACUCCAUGCGAUGGUCCCUUGGCCAACUGGGCUUGUACCACCGGCAUAACUAA